AUAAUGCGUGGAUGUUGAAAAGGAGCAGCUUUCAAAUUCCGUAGCAAAAUCCCCUUUUUCCUGUCCUCUGUUCGUUGCAGUUGCUGUCACCAUUUCCAGUUUAUCCGAACUGCGUGGUUAUGGUACUGGUUGGUUGUAGCGUCACCAAUUCCAAUUCCCAUUCCUUCGAGCUAGCUUUCUCUCCUUCUCUCCUCAGCUGCCGCUAGGAAUCAUGGAGUUGAUUAAUCCAAAUUUGAUCAACGCUUGUCCUUUCCGCACCAGCCGCCGUAGCGAUGUGCAGCUCCGAACUCCGGGUUUCCCCUCCGCGGUCUCCAGGAAUCGGCUGUCGCCGGCGUUUCGAGUUUCUGCUGCUGUGACCACCACCGGUCCGACCUCGAGAAAUGGCAACGGAGCGAGCACGAGCAGGAGGAGCGUGGCAGUUGCGAAGGAAGCCAACGGGGCAGCUGCCGCUGCUGUGCAAUUAAGCAAGGCCAUGGAGCAGCUCGACUUCGAGCGCGGCGUCUGCGUGCCUUUCCGCAAGUACUCCCCGGAGACAGUGAGGAAUAAGGUGUUGGAAACCAGAGGGAGCACUUUGUCUCUGCUGCUAAGAGGAGUGGAGAUUGUGUGGAGUCUGGGGUUUUAUUGGUCGACCUUGAUGUAUGAUUACUUCGUUGGAAGGGAUGAAGAGGUGGUUCCUUUUCGUGCUCGUCAGCUUAGGAAUCUCCUGUGUGAUUUGGGGCCUUCCUUCAUUAAAGCCGGUCAGGUUCUUGCCAACAGACCAGAUAUAAUCAGAGAAGAUUAUAUGAACGAAUUGUGUAUUCUUCAAGACGAUGUGCCUUCGUUCCCCAACCAGAUUGCUUUCAAAAUCAUAGAAGAAGAUUUGGGUCAACCACUUGAGGCUGUUUUCAGUCAGAUUUCAUCAGAGACAAUUGCAGCUGCAAGCUUGGGGCAAGUUUAUCGUGCUACCUUAAGGGAAACUGGUGCUGAAGUUGCAAUCAAGGUUCAACGGCCUAACAUAGAGCCUAUAAUCUACCGGGACCUUUUCCUUUUCAGAACUCUUGCUUCAUUCCUAAAUGGGAUCAGCUUACAGAAGUUGGGAUGCAAUGCCGAGCUCAUUGUAGAUGAAUUUGGAGAGAAGCUUCUUGAAGAGCUUGAUUACACCUUGGAAGCCCGGAAUAUCGAAGACUUUCUGGAGAACUUCAAAGAUGAUCCAACUGUUAAGAUUCCUAAGGUUUACAGAAAGCUUUCAGGAUCACGUGUUAUAGUUAUGGAAUGGAUUGACGGUAUUCGGUGUACUGAUCCACAGGCAAUCAAGGAUGCUGGCAUUGAUGUUAAUGGAUUCUUAACACUUGGGGUUAGUGCUGCUUUGCGGCAGUUGCUUGAAUUCGGUUUAUUUCAUGGGGACCCACAUCCUGGAAAUAUUUUUGCCAUGCGGGAUGGCCGUAUUGCGUAUGUAGAUUUUGGGAAUGUUGCUGUGCUUAGUCAGCAAAAUAAGCAGAUACUGAUUGAUGCCGUCGUUCAUGCUGUGAAUGAGGACUAUGCCGAGAUGGCAAAUGACUUCACCAGGCUUGGUUUCCUGGCUAGUGGAACAGAUGUGGCUCCUCUCGUUCCAGCCCUGGAAGCAAUUUGGCAGAACUCAGUUGGGAAAGGACUUGCUGAUUUUAACUUCAGAAGUGUUACAGGGAAAUUCAACCAGCUGGUUUACAAUUACCCCAUUCGCAUACCGGAUAGAUUUUCUCUUGUUAUCCGGUCUUUGUUGACUCAAGAGGGUAUUUGUUUCACCCUGCAGCCAGAUUUUAAAUUUCUUGAGGUCGCCUACCCUUAUGUGGCAAAGCGCCUUCUAACUGAUCCAAAUCCAGCUCUUCGUGAGCGCCUCAUACAGGUUCUUUUCAAAGAUGGCGUUUUCCAGUGGAAGCGGCUAGAGAAUCUCAUCGUCCUUGCAAAAGAGAACGUAGCCAUGUUGAGCACCAACCCAGCUAUACAAACAAAGAGCACAUCUGUGAAAAGUACCAAAGACUGGCAAUCACAAAGUAAGCUAGAUUUGACUGAUACAAUCAAAGAUGGAGCACGUCUGUUCUUUAUCGACGAAGGAAUUCGGAGACAGCUCCUUUUGGCUUUCACCGAAGACUCAAAGCUUCACAUACAAGAGCUUGUUGAUGUAUACAGACUGCUUGAAGGUGAAAUAGAUAUACCCACAGUUGCUGUGGAAGUUGUAAGAGAUUUUCCGACGAUAGUCCGGGAUCUCAUGCUCUCAUGGACCGAUUCAAUCUUAUCGGACAGGCGGUAAUGACACUCAUUUGCCAAUCGUUAACAAAAUCUGCAUAGCUUCCCAAGGACAAUUCUUAUUUUCCCCCCAUUGUGUAGAGGUUGUAUAUGAGCUGUGAAAAUGUAUAGUAAGAUUUUCGAUACAGACCGGCUUUUCUGAAGAGUGUGCAAAAGACUCAUCGGCCUUCUGAAAUUUCCUGAUCAAUAUAUAAAAGGCCGGUAGAAUUUGCAGCGGUGUAGCUGAAGCAAAAGGUAGCAUUGGUGAAUCCAAUCUUUCAACAAUUUUUUGACGGUUCGUUUGAAAGGAGUAAUUUUACAACAAAACUACAUACAUAUUUGUUCAAAA